UUCCUUUUCUGAUCUGUGACCCAACUUGUCUUCAACCACUACACCCUUUCAUUUUUCCUCAGAUAUUGCCUAGAAAACCUCUGUUUACUUUCCUUGCAAAUUUGAUCUAUUCUUCUCUUUCUUGAUGCUCCUAUACUUAAAAAAGACUGUUUGUAGUUUCUUUCAGGCUGGCGAUUAGGCAAUCCGUUUUCUGAUUUUGAUACCUUUUUCUUCUCAUCAUGUUGUCGUUGCCUUCAACUUCAUCCUCCAUUUCUAGAAAGAAAUAUGAUGUUUUCUUAAGUUUUAGAGGUGAAGAUACCCGCAAAAACUUUACUGAUCAUCUUUAUCAUGCUCUGAAAAGGAGUGGAAUAAUCACCUUCAAGGAUGAUCCAAAGCUGGAGGUCGGCGAAGAGAUCGCGCCAGACCUGUUUAAAGCCAUUCAGCAGUCAUGGUGCUCCGUAAUCGUAUUUUCAGAAUCUUAUGCUUCUUCGGGUUGGUGCUUGGACGAACUUAGUGAGAUUGUUAAGCAAAAAAACGACAAGGGUUAUAAAGUGUUUCCAGUUUUCUAUGAUGUGGAUCCAUCUGAUUUACGAAAACAGAAAGGAAAAGUUGAAGAAGCCUUUGCGGAACAUAAAAAGAGAUAUGAUGAAGAUAAGCUCCAAAGGUGGCGAAAUACUUUGACUCAAGUCGCAAACAUUAAGGGAUGGCAUCUAAAUCACAGGUGUUGGAACAUUAGCAGCAACAAACACUGAAAUGAGGUUGAUUUUAAACAAUAUGAAAACCAAGCAAAAAUUGGAUGUUUUUGAACAAGGAGAGAUCUUAAAGAAAAGAACACCCUUCAUUGUAAUUGAUUCAAAAUAUAUAUAGGUUACAAAGUAAAAUAAGUAAGUUACCUACUAACAUAACUACUCCCACUAAUAUAUCAAAUACAAACUUGAAUUACACAUAAAAGAAAGCUGGCAUAUCAGCUUCUACAUCAA